GGGGCCCGGCGGGCGGUGGGCGGGGCCGCGGCUCGCGCGGCGGAGAGCGGCGCGCCCCCUCCCCCAGUUCAGAGGAAAGAAAUGAGACGGAAACUUCUGCACCUUCAGAUGAGAUCUUUCCACGCUUUAACAACAUUAUGCCAAUGCCAAAGCUUUAACAAAACUGGAUAUCUACUAUUAAAGCUGGAUAAUGAAGUUGAAAGAACAGCUCACAGAACAGCAAAGUCUUGGGAUUUGUAUGCACUGAAACCUGCGUUCCCUUGGUUGACAAGUCAAUGUGUGCAAGUCAGGAAUUGGCAUUUUCUCAAAGGAUUUCUGUCCACUUUGGAAAGAAGUGUUUAUUAUCAGAGUGGGGAGGGUUUUUUCUUAUCCUGGAGACAUUUGGGUGUGACAAUGAUGGAAAACUACAGGCUCAAUACAGAGUGGAUCAAAAAGCUUAGGAACACAUCAUCAAGAUUUUAUGCAGUUGUAUCAGCUGGUAAAACUGUCCCCAAACCCAAUAACCAGCCAGUUAAGAGGCCACCAAAGGCACCAAGGACCAAGCAGCCAUCCAGAACGAACCUGCCACUCUCAGACAUGGAGAAUCUGAUGCAGUGCACAGCCUUUGCAACAGCAGAUGAAUAUCAUCUUGGUAAUCUGUGUCAUGACCUGACUUCACAUGGAUAUGUUGAAAUAACGAGUUUGCCUAGAGAUGCUGCAAAUGUUUUGGUGGUCAGUACUGCAAAAUCUGCAAAAGAAGAUGAUCCCGGCAUGAUUUUUUUCUUCAGGGAAGGGGCUGUUGUAUUUUGGAAUGUGGAAGAGAAAAGUAUGAAGAAUAUUAUGCGAGUCCUAGAGCAGCACGAAAUUCAGCCAUAUGAAGUUGCACUGGUCCAUUGGGAAAAUGAAGAGCUGAACUAUAGAAUAGGAGAAGGUCAGUCAAAACUUCAUAAAGGACAAAUCUUGUUAAAUUCAGAGCUGGAUAGUGAUGAAGUUGUUCUGCAGAAAUUUGCCUUUUCAAAUGCUCUUUGUCUUUCUGUGAAGCUGGCUAUUUGGGAAUCAUUACUGGAUAACUUUGUGGAAUCUAUCCAGUCAAUUCCUGAGAUUCUAAAGUCACGAAGGAAGGUAAAACUCUCUCAUGCAGAUGUGAUGCAGAAAAUUGGAGAACUCUUCGCACUAAGACACCGUAUUAAUCUGAGCUCAGACCUGCUAAUAACACCAGACUUCUACUGGGAUAGAGAAAAACUGGAAGAGCUUUAUGACAAGACUUGCCAGUUUCUCAACAUUAAUCGCAGAGUUAAGGUAAUGAAUGAAAAGCUUCAGCACUGCAUGGAGCUGACAGACCUAAUGCGAAAUCACCUGAAUGAAAAGCAUGCACUGCGCCUUGAGUGGAUGAUAGUAAUACUAAUCACCAUAGAGGUUCUGUUUGAACUUGCAAGGGUAGUUUUCUGAUGACAGAACAAACACAGGAAGAAGAAAACAGACAAAACAAUAGAGAACACAAGGCUUGGAAAACUCCAAUCAUCUGCUUCUGAAGAAUCAUGAAAUUGUAUCUCUUGAUAAAUCUCUAAAUCUUCUGCUCAAAUAAAAAAAAAAUUAAAAAUCAGUCUGUGAACAUUAUUCACAACCACUGUACUAAUAAUCUUAGGGCUUAACCUAUGGAUGAAUCUCAUCUGUGCUGACUGUGAAAAACUUUACUGCUUUCUCCGUUAACAGUUAAAAUUAUGCUGAAUCAAUUGCUGCUUUGUGUAUUUCUGAUUUAUGUUUCCCGUCAUGUUUAUCAGCUCACUCUUGGAGAGCUGCAACACUGUCCCAAGCGUGGAGAUGGCAUUACUAUUUGCUCUCCUGGCAUGAUUUUAAUGUACGUGGCAGAUAUAUUUAAUGUUAUGUUCCAUUCCAUCAGAAAGUGGUGUUUUGUAUACUUGAAUGGGAAUACAUUUAUUGAGAGGUAGUACUAUUUCCAUUCUUCUUUUACAUUUAGUACUGAUAUAGAAGGGGAAUUAGUUGAUCCCAGAGGUCACAGGAACCUGUAGCAAAAAUGGUAAAAUAAAGAAAGCAUAAGGUG